GCCAUCCUGCACCGGCUGCCUCUGGAGCUCCCCUCUCCUCCCCGGCAGCCUCCGCGCCUGAGCCGCCUCCCUCCGAUGACCUCGACGCCGGGGAGCUUUGGAACGCUGGCCAACUCCGGACCCGUGGCGCUCUCGCUCGCGACCAGCUCCUUCGCUAGCUUUCUUGGCGGCCCGGCUUCCGGCGGAGCAGACAGCAGCGGGCUGUCCAAGUUCAAGGCCAUGCCGCCGCCGUCCCUCCCGCUGUCGCACCCGCCGGCGUCGCCGUCGUCGUUCCUCAACGCGCUCUCCGGCUUCCUCGACUCGCCGAUCCUUCUGACGCCCAGCUUGUUCCCGUCGCCGACGACGGGCGCGAUCCCGUCGGAGCCCUUCAACUGGAUGGGCACGGGGGAGAACCUGCAGCCUAGCGUAAAGGAUGAGCAGCGGCAGUACACCGACUUCACGUUCCAGACGGCGGCGGCGUCCGUGCCGGAGACGGGGGCCGGAGCCGCGCGGCAGGCGGCGUCCUUUCCACAAUCGUCGUCCAUGCUGAUGGCGCCAUUGGGUGGACUUGGAGAUUCCUACAACGGCGAGCUGCAGCAACAGCAGCCAUGGAGCUACCAGGAGCCCGCUGCGCAAUUCGAAGCGCCGCCGGCGGCGGCGACGCAGCCUGACAUGCUCGGGAACGGCGGCUACACCGCCGUGCCCGCUGCGGUACCGGGCUUCCGCGAGCAGAGCAACCGGCCGCCGUCGGACGACGGCUACAACUGGCGCAAGUACGGGCAGAAGAACAUGAAGGGGAGCGAGAACCCGCGCAGCUACUACAAGUGCAGCUUCCCCAGCUGCCCCACCAAGAAGAAGGUGGAGCGGUCGCCGGACGGGCAGGUCACGGAGAUCGUGUACAAGGGCACGCACAACCAUCCCAAGCCGCAGAGCACGCGCCGGAACUCCAGCUCGGCCCCGGCGCCGGCGGCAUCGUCGUCGUACGGGCUGCAGAGCGCCAGCGACGCGGCGGCGGAGUACUCCUUCGGCGCGCUGUCCGGCGCGCCAGUGGCGACGCCCGAGAACUCGUCGGGGUCGUUCGGGGACGACGAGAUCAACGGCGUGAGCUCGAGGCUUGCCGGUAACCUCGGCGGCGAGGAGCUCGAUGACGAUGAACCCGACUCCAAGAAAUGGAGGAAAGCCGGCGGCGACGGCGAGGCGGCCUCGGUGGCCGGCAACCGGACGGUGCGCGAGCCGAGGGUCGUCGUGCAGACGAUGAGCGACAUCGACGUCCUGGACGACGGCUACCGGUGGCGCAAGUACGGGCAGAAGGUGGUGAAGGGCAACCCGAACCCUCGGAGCUACUACAAGUGCACGACGGCGGGGUGCCCCGUGCGGAAGCACGUGGAGCGCGCGUGCCACGACACGCGCGCCGUGGUCACCACCUACGAGGGCAAGCACAACCACGACGUGCCCCCCGCGCGCGGCAGCAGCGCCUCGCUCUACCGCGCCGCGCUGGAGGCGCAGCAGGCCGCGGGCUACCACCACCACGGCUUCGUCGCCGGCGGAGGCGGCGGCAGCAGCAGCCACGGCGCGUUCUGCGGCGGCCUGCUCGACGGCGGCGCGCCGACGCAGGCCGCGGAGACCGGAUUCUCCAUGUCCGGGUUCGGCAACACUGUGGGCACGGCGUACUCUUACCCGAGCCACUACCAGCAACAGCAACAGCAGCAGAGCGAGGCGAUGUACUACGCCGCCCCAUCAGCCAAGGACGAGCCACGAGACGACAUGUCAUUUUUCGAGCAGCCAUUGCUGUUCUGAUGACAGGAUGAGCCGCGGCCAAAAGGCCAAACCGAUUUGGCAAGACAUGGUCGUACUCGUGGUUCUUUUUGACUCGGCAGAUUAUGUGCACACUAUCAUAGUAGUACUAGUAGUUGGUUGAUUUUUGAUUUGUUUGGAGGCCCCAGCUUUGCAGGCACCAGCAGAAGGGGUAGCCUCCUGUAACAUGUACAAGAAACGUAGGACACAUCACACACAUCGGCGUAGGAAGCAAGGUCAUGGCACAUGAUUUUCAUCAGCUUGGCUGCAAGUUCUUUUUACCAAUGAAAAAUGUUGUUGCAAGUUCUCAGAUCUUAACAUGUAAAAGAAAGUGAAUGUUCAGUUCA